CAGAUGAUGUAUUAAAAAUAUAUCAGAUAAAUGUCCUACCAGGUGAAAAACUUGUUUUUAAUAGUGUAAAUAUGUUAAAUUCUAUGGACUCAAAUAUAAGAAAAAUGAAGAAAGCUGAAGUGUCAAAGA